AUGGCAAACACAAACAUCAUCACCGCUCGUGAGUUCCCCGGUGGCCCCCCUCCUGGCGCCAGCGACCUCGCCGUCAUGCGCUGGGGAGCCAAACACCCGCCCGCCGACCCCACCGUGUCGUUCGCUGGCAAGACGGUGCUUGUAACGGGGGCCAACACGGGCCUGGGCUUUGAGGCGGCCGUCAAGUUCUCGGCCCUGGGCGCCGACAAGCUGAUCCUUGGCGUGCGCUCCGCCGAGCGCGGCGAGGCAGCCAAGGCGCGCAUCCUCGAAUUCACCGGCCGGCCCAGCAACACAAUAUCUAUCGUGACUGUCGACCUCAGCACCUCGGCUUCUGUCAAGGCCUUCAUCCCAGCCCUGGAGAAGGAGACGACGCGCCUCGACAUCGCGCUGCUCAACGCUGGCAUCUGCAACCCGACAUAUGAGGCGUCCAAGGAGGGCUGGGAGAUGGGUGUCCAGGUCAACGUCAUGUCCACUGCCCUGAUGGCUAUUCUGCUGCUCCCCAUCCUCCGCGCUACAGCUGCGGCAACUGGCGGGGCGUCAAAGCCUCACAUGGUCUUUGUUAACAGCCACGGACACAAAGGGGUCAAGGAGGACUGGCUGGCCAAGUCUCCGGACAAGAGCUUGCUUAAGGUGACUAAUGACGCCGAUAAGUGGGAUUAUGUUAAGAGCUACUCCCUGGUAAAGCUCCUCGCCAUGGCCGUGAUGCGGGCGGUUGCGCGAUCAACGGUGGCGGGGCCCAACGGCCCGGAGAUCAUCGUCAAUGCCGUCUGCCCGGGCCUGUGCAAGACGGAUCUGGGUCGCAACUUCGGUAUGAUGGCCAGGAUUAUGCAAGCUCCUUUUCAGGCAAUCUUUGGGCGCACCGCCGAAGAAGGAGGACGGGCACUGGUGAGCGCUACAGCGCUUGGCCCUGAAAGCCACGGCCGGUUUUGGCACCAUGACAUUCUCUUCCCGAUGGGCGAACUCGCCAUGGAUGAUGCCUUCAUGGACAAGACGUGGUCUGAAAUCCUGCAGGCCGUUGAGAGGCACCAGCCCGAUGCGCAGCAGAUUUUAUUCCACGAAGGUUGA